AUGAAUUCUCAAUUAUCUUAUCAUUUUAAUCUAUUAAUUUCUGCCGUUAUCAAUUUUCUUAUUUCAAUUAAUAAUAUAUAUUUUCAACAUUCUCAUUCAACAUCUUUCACAAAUUUACUUGAUAUUGAUAUUGAACAACCUCCGAAUUAUACGUUAAGAUAUGAAUCUAUUAAUGAUUUUCUCGAAAAGAAUCGAAAUAUAAACAAAUAUGAAUUUUUCUUAAAAGCAAAUGAUAUCGAUCGUGUUAAUACGAAACACCAAUAUGUCUACGGUCUUAAUGAUAUUAAUAACAUUGAACAUGAAUGUUUGGGUGUUGUAGAUAAUGAUAAAUUUGUGACGUUAUUUAAAAAUGAACAAGAUGUUCAAAAUUUUUCUAUCAAAU